GUAGUUUCUAUCAUUCUCUUUUCUUAAGAAUAUGUUCAAAGACUAGGAAGGAUAAAUGAGGUAUAUAAAGCGCCCUGACUCCCUUCCUCCAAGUUCUAUCCAACCAGCCAUCCAACAAUCUACAUAUCCACACCAAUCUACUACAAUCAACAACCAAAAUGCAUCUCUCUACCAAGUCCCUCCUUUCUCUCCUCCCCCUCCUCCCCCUAGCAUCUGCUGUCGGCUCCGCCAUCGUGCAAAACAACUGCACCUCCCCCAUUUACCUCUGGUCGGUUGGCGGCUCCGUCAGCAGCAUGCAAACCAUCGACCCCGGAUCCAGCUACAGCGAGACCUUCUACUACGAUACAACCUCCGGCGGCGUUGCCCUGAAGAUCACUACCACGGAGAAUGGUCUGUACAACGGCUCUCCGCAGACGGAUUACGCCUAUACGCUGGACACAUCCUCGGGUAACGUCUUCUAUGAUAUUUCGGAUGUCUUUGGGGAUCCGUUCUCCGGCAGUGUCGUCAGCCUUGUCUCGAGUGAUUCCAGCUGCGAGAGUAUUUGCUGGGCUGGGGGAGUGCCCCCCGCUGGCAGUGUUGUGAGGAGUUGUCAGGAUGAGGCGGAUGAGGUGUUGACGGUUUGUGCGGAUAGUUGCUAGGUUAUUGGGUCUGGAUUAAUUGACUUGUGGGAAUUGAAGGGACAACUGGGUUGAUUGGGGAUUUAAUGUUGUUGUUGUUGUUGUUGUUGUUGUUGUUGUUGUUGUUGUUGUUGUUGUUGUUGUUGUUGUUG